AUGGGGAGCAUGAAGAUUAAUGAUUAUUAUAGCAAGUUCAUUGAGUUAAUGAGAUUUGCACCUGAGGUAGUACCAACUGAAGCACUUAAGGCCCAGAGGUUUGAGCAAGGUUUGACUUUAACCCUUCAAGGGAAAUUGGGAGGAGUGACUUUUGAGACCUUAGAUGAGGUUUACGGGAGGGCAGCACACCUUUUUGGGAUCAAAGGGAGAGAGCUAGAGGGAAACUAUUCUGGGGAAAAGAGGAAGCCUAGUGGAGCUUUCAAUGGGAGUGAGAAAGAAACCCAAGGUACCACAAGGGGUAAUGUUGAAAGAGAAAAUGGGAGCCGAGGGAAUGGAGACAAACCUAAGAGAACCUAUUUUUGUAAGAGAUGUGCGAAAAAUCACCCAGGAAAGGAUUGUGAGGGAAACCUAGUGACUUGCCGCUACUGUCCAAAGCUAGGUCACCAUGAGUAUGAUUGUUAUAAGAAGGUCUCUGAUGAGCAGUCGGGUAAACCCCAAGAUGAGAAGAACCAACCCAAGCCAGCUCACCCUAGUGGAUUCAUUCCCAAACCUACACCCAACAACAGUGGAGCCGCUCCCAAGGGUCAUGUGUUCAUGAUUAACAGCCGUGAGGCUGCAACUGCUUCUGAUGUGUUUGAUUCAGGGGCGUCUCACUCUUUUAUUUCUAGAAUUUUAGUAGAUAGACUCAAGUUAGAGAGUGCGGUGUCUGUUUCCUUAGAUAUUGCUAUCCCGUCAGGGGAAGUGGUGAGUUGCACUAAGAUGCAUCAGGGUGUACCUCUUUUCAUUUCAAGUGUAGAGUUUCCGUUAGACUUAAUCGAGCUUGACUUACAAGAUCUCGAUGUUAUUUUGGGGAUGGACUGGUUAGGCAAGUACAAGGCAUAA